AUGUCUGUCUAUAUAUCUGUCUAUCUAUCUAUCUAUCUAUCUAUCUAUCUAUCUAUCUAUCUAUCUAUCUAUCUAUGUGUCUUUCCUUCUGUUUCUAUUUAUCUUUCCAUCUAUCUAUCUGUAUUUCUCCAUCUGUUUCUAUCUAUCUAUCUUUCUUUCUUUCUAUCUAUCUAUCUAUCUAUCUAUCUAUCUAUCUAUCUAUCUAUCUAUCUGUGCACCUCCAUCUGUUUCUAUCUAACGAUCUAUCCUAUUCUGUUAGUUUCACUCUGUUUCCGACUGUUUAUCUAUCUAUCUAUCUAUCUAUCUAUCUAUCUAUCUAUCUAUCUAUCUAUCUAUCUAUUCGUAACUCUCUCUUUCUAUCUAUCUAUCUAUCUAUCUAUCUAUCUAUCUAUCUAUCUAUCUAUCUAUCUAUCUAUAUAUAAAUAUAUAUCCAUCUAUGAGCGUGUUUUCUGUUAUCUAUCCCCCGUCCGUCUCUUUGUUCCCACCACUCUCUCCCUCUCUCUCUCUCUCUCUCUCUCUCUCUCUCUCUCUCUCUCUCUCAAAGUAAAUAUUCUUUCAAGAAUAUUGGACUUCCCUUCGCUGACCGGCGUCGGCAGGUCUCAAUGA